AUGGAAAUUACACAAGAAACACCGAAAAUAAAACAAUUACGGUCGUACCUUAACUUACAAAUCAGAAUCACCGCUUCAGACGGUCGUAUAUUUAACGGAAUUUUUAUGUGCAUCGACAAAUAUAAAAAUAUCAUUUUGUCACAAACCGAAGAAGUUCGUGGUGAUGAGAGGAGGUUCGUCGGACUUGUUAUGAUACCUGGAAAACACAUUUUCAAAGCUGAAAUUGAAGAUCUAGAUUCUGAUAUAUAUACAUGA